AUGCCAGCUGCAAAUGACAUUUUAACGGUAAACAUAAAAUUACCGCUGAUUGACGAUGAGGCCACUAAAGAAGGAGCGCUGCUUAUUUUAAAGGAAAUCAAACCAUCAUGGGAGCGCGAACUGAUCUCAUUCAAAGCUUUCACAGUUGGAAUAACGAAUAAAAUCCUGUGUGCAACAUACACUCCAGUAAAUGGUACCAUACUAAAAGAGCGAUUACUGUUCCGCAUUUACGGAAAUAAUACGGAUAAAAUCAUCGACAGGAAUAAGGAAUUCAACAACUGGCUAUAUUUGGCGUCACAGGGAUGUGCCGCCCAAGUAUAUGCAAAGUUCUCCGGCGGGAUUGUAAGCGGCUUUCUCCCUGGACAUGCGCUUACUGUUGACAACUUACGUGACGAGACCAUUGUCACGAAUACUUGUAAAGCACUUUCAAGAUUGCACAAACUAAAACCGGACACUGGCGAUGAAACAAAGCCCACAUUAUUUAUCAAAAUCAAGCAGUUUUUGGCAAAUUUUUCCGAUCAUUAUGAGAAUAAGCAAAAGCAAGAGAGAUAUGAUGAAUUCUUUAAACAACGAGAGAUUUCCUUCUUACGUGACUUGCACGGUCUACGAGACGUUAUUCAACGACGGCAAUCCGAAGUUGUUUUUUGCCACAACGAUCUCCUAAUCCAUAACAUUAUCCAUGAUGAUAAAACAGACUCAAUAAGUUUUAUUGACUAUGAGUAUGCUGAUUACAAUUAUCAAGACUUCGAUAUAGCUAAUCACUUUUGCGAAUAUGCCGGUGUGGAUGAUUUCAACUAUUCUCGAUGCCCUGAUAAGAAGUAUAAACGUGACUGGAUAACAAAAUAUUUGACAUAUUAUUUAGAAAGAAAACCUACAAAAGAUGAAGUUGAUAAUCUCCUAGAUGGAAAUAAUGCUUUUGAAGCGGCUGCUCACUUCUUUUGGGCUCUUUGGGCCUUGGUACAAUCUCAAAUCUCAACUAUUGAUUUUGGCUAUCUAGAAUAUGCAAUUCAGAGGUACGAGCUCUUCCAGAAAUGCAUGCUCAAAUGUGAUUAA